AUGUUUUACAUAUAUUUGCCUUUAUAAACUGCUGACGUGGCCGAGUAGUUCUUUAUAUUACAAAAGUUGGAGUUUCCAUAAACAUCAUGAAGUAUUUGUGGGUAGCUACUGCGUUGGGUUUGCUCAUGAGUCUCUCCCAUAGUCGCCUUCUGGUGCAGGCCACCAAACCGGAGAUGUGCAAUCAGCAGCAUUCUAUGGCUGGCAUGGCCCAGGAUGGGGCGGCUUGUAUGGCUUUUAUGCCAGCCUGGAGCUAUGAUCCCAGCAAAAAUGCCUGUGUUGACUUUAUAUUUGGCGGCUGUGGCGGUAAUUCAAAUCAAUUUAACAGUCAAGAGGAAUGCGAAAAGGCCUGCAAGGACUAACUAAAUGAUACAUACCAAAAAGAAAUAUACACAUCCACUUAAUGCAGAUUCGUAAAUAAUAACCGGCUUGUUUUUGCGAAAUAUUCAUACAAAUAUAUCCAAAACAAAGUUUCACUAUAA